AUGGAGGGAGGGGAGAGCUGCGGCAAUAGCGUGAGUGAGGAGGUGAAGCUGGAGUGGGAGGAAGGAGAGGUCUUGAUGCAGGGCGGAGGCGGAGAGGGUGGGGGUGCUGUGACGGCGGCGGGGGAAGCCAUGGCGCCGGUGCAGAUCGACGUGAGGAUGGACGUGGCGCUGCUCCACUGCCAGGCCUGCCUCCUCCCCCUCAAGCCUCCCGUGUUCAAGUGCGAGGCCGCCGGGCACGUGGUGUGCUGCUUCUGCCGCGCCGGGCACGCCGCCCUCUGCAGCCGCGCCGGCACCCACUGCGGCGAGCUGGACGCCGUGGUCGGCGCCGCCAAGGUGCCGUGCCCCUACAAGGUGUUCGGCUGCGAGCGCUACGUGGUGUACCACGGCGCGGCGGACCACCAGCGCGCGUGCCAGUGCGCGCCCUGCUCCUGCCCGGAGCCCGGCUGCGUCUUCGUGGGCUCCCGCGCGAUGCUGCUCGACCACUUCGCCGCCGGCCACCAGCGCCACGCGGUCACGGUCCGCUACGGCCGGCCUUGGAACCUCGGCUUCUCCCUGUCGCGCCGCUGGCACGUGCUCGUCGGGGAGGACCGCAGCGUGUUCCUCGUCUCCCUCGGCCCGCUCGGCGCUGCCACCGCCGUCUCGCUGGUCUACGUCAGGCCGGACGGCGCGGCCGAAGCGGCGCCCCAGUUCCGGUGCAAGCUGUCCGUGGAGCGCCCGGCGGGCGACGGCAAGGACAACCUGGUCCUCAUGACCUCCGCGGUGAGCAGCAGCGCGCUGUCCACCGGCGCGCCGGCGCCCGGGCAGGGGAUGUUCCUGGCGGUGCCCCAGGAGCUGCUCUCCGGCGACACACUCAUGCUCAGCGUCCGGAUUGAUCUGAUCCGACCGGCCGGCGGCGCUCCCAAGUCCGCUACACCUACACCACAGGCCAGGACGCCGAGGAGGUUGCAGUGA